GUUAUAAUAUCCGUGACGUCAUUUGAUAGAUAAACUGACGUUUCGGUACAAACCAAUCCUACUCUGCAUACCCCAGCGUUUACUUUUGUCUAAAGCCAGAACCAGUUUUCGCUUGGAAAGGCAAAGUUGUGUGUGUGUUUUUAAGUAGUGAAGUAGAAGGGGGAUUUUGUUUUGGAGAUAAGUGUUUUGUCAUUGGCUUGUUUCAGUUGCUCUUGAAUUAUUUUGUUGAUUUGGUUUUGGCAUAGAGUCCAAAGUCCGGCAACUAGUUCAAAGUUUAUAUUAUACCUACUUUUUUGUUGGCAGUCCAGUAUCUUUUUUUGGUCUAAUCUAUAAAUUUGUUCAAUUUUGAGAAAAGAUUUCAACUCAAAAGGUCGAAAUAAUUGAUCAUGUUUCGCGUGGCCAGAAAUUUGAUUCAACAACAGGUGAAAUCAGAGAAAGCAGUUGUAAGAUGUUUGCAAACUUCCACAACUUCAACCGCACAAGCUGCAGUAAAAGAAAAACCAAAAGCUAAGGCGAGCCAAGGAGAAAAUUAUUCUUUUGUAAUGAAUCUUUUUAAAGGACAAAUCGAGGCUCGUCAAGUGUUUCCUUACCCAAAUGUCUUAAAUGAAGAACAACGAGAAACCUUGGAAAUGCUAGUGGACCCAACACAGAAAUUCUUCGCCGAGGUAAAUGAUCCUAUGAAAAAUGAAGCACUGGAACGUGUAGAAGAGAAUACUUUAGCUGGGUUAUGGGACUUGGGAGCGUUUUCACUACAAGUGCCACAAGAAUUGGGAGGGCUCGGUUUAACAAACACCCAAUAUGCUAGAUUAGUGGAAAUUGUAGGAGGAAAUGAUUUGGGUGUAGGCAUUACGUUGGGUGCACAUCAAUCUAUUGGGUUCAAAGGUAUUCUUUUGUAUGGAACACCCGAACAAAAGGAGAAGUAUUUGCCCAGAGUUUCUAGUGGUACUUUUGCUGCUUUUUGUUUAACGGAACCAUCUUCAGGAUCAGAUGCAGGAUCUAUCAAGACUAGAGCUGUAUUAUCACCUGAUGGCAAACACUUCAUCCUAAAUGGAUCAAAAAUUUGGAUCAGUAAUGGUGGAAUGGCUGAAGUAAUGACAGUUUUUGCGCAGACACCUGUGCAAGAUCCAAAAACUGGCAAAACUGUCGAUAAAGUGACUGCGUUCAUUGUUGAAAGGUCUUUUGGAGGGGUUACUAAUGGCCCGCCAGAGAAAAAAAUGGGUAUCAAGUGUUCAAACACUGCCGAGGUGUAUUACGAAAACGUUCCAAUUCCCAUUGAAAAUGUAUUAGGCGGUGUCGGAAAUGGUUUCAAAGUAGCUAUGAACAUCCUGAAUAAUGGCCGAUUUGGUAUGGCAGCAGCAUUAUCUGGUACCAUGAAAACGUGCAUAAAAAAAUGUAUUGAUUUUGCCAACCAAAGAAAGCAAUUUGGCCAAAUUAUUACCAACUUUGGUAGUGUACAGGAAAAAAUUGCAAGAAUGGCUAUGGUUCACUAUGUUGCAGAAUCAAUGGCCUAUAUGAUUUCUGGUAAUAUGGAUUCUGGAUCUGAACAUUAUCAUCUUGAAGCAGCCAUAUCAAAAUGCUUUGCAUCUGAAGCAGCAUGGUAUGUCUGUGAUGAAGCAAUACAAAUAAUGGGUGGCAUGGGCUUUAUGAAAGACACAGGAUUAGAAAAAAUUCUGAGGGAUUUGAGGAUUUUUAGAAUUUUUGAGGGUACCAAUGAUAUCCUCAGACUGUUUGUUGCAUUAACAGGUAUACAACAUGCAGGAGCACAUCUAAAAGAGCUACAAAAUGCCUUUAAAAAUCCAACAGCCCAUCUAGGAUUAAUAUUCGAAGAAGCUUCUAAAAGAGUUGUAAGAAGUGUAGGAUUAGGCUCGCCUCCAUCAAUGGAACCCCAUGUCCAUGGGGAUCUCAUACAGCCGGCAUCUGAAUUAGCUAGAAGUAUUGAUUCUUUUGGUCAAUCCAUUGAAAUAGUUCUCAUCAAAUAUGGCAAGAGCAUAGUGAAUGAACAAUUUAUACUUAACCGAAUAGCCAGCGCUGUUUUUGACAUUUAUGCUAGUGCAGUUGUCUUAAGUAGGGCCAGUGCUGCAUUGAGGGAAGGGGGAGAGACAGCUCAACAUCAAAAACUGAUGGCUGAAGUCUGGACACUUGAGGCUGCUCAAAGAAUUUCUAGCAAUCUAAAAACUAUUGGAAGCGGCAAGAAUUUGGAUAAUUUCACAAAAAUGUCAUCUAUUGCUAAAAAUAUAUGUAAAGCUGAAGGAAUUGUACAACUAAACCCCUUAAAAUUAUAAUGUUGUUGUGUUCAUCAUAAGAGUAUAUAAAUGUUUUACUUGUAAAUCAAUACGGAAUGUUAAUUUUUAUAUAAUUAGGAUAUUAAAUUAUUAAAUAAAUGUAAGAAAUUAGCAAGUAAAUAUCUAAUAAAAUUUUUAAUAAAAUAUUUUUUUAAAGGCA